AUGAAGUCUCAAUCCCGCAAGCUGAAGCGGCUCUGCCACCAGUGCACGAUACGAGGCGAGAAUAUUCAACAUAAGAUGCCAAUCAAGAAAAAACAAGAAAGGAAAACAGAACAACUGAAACAAACAUUGAAGAGGAAUGACAAAGGGAGAGGAAAUGGAGAAAAGAACACAAGGAGACUUCAUACUGUCCCCAAGAGGAAGACCGAAGAAAGCUUGAAAGACUUCAUGGGCAACAAGAUUAAAGUAGUAACAGUAUCGGUUAUUUUACCGUAUCUUGACUACCAGCGAGUCAGCGAGACCCCCGGAACAGCCGUUGUGUUGACCGACUCCAUUGAUGCCCGGCUCAUCCACACCUUCGCCCACAAACUUAACUUCACUUUCGAUGUCCAUGAGGAUGUGAACCGCACUUGGGGAGUGGAGACGAACGGUACCUUCACCGGGAGCAUUGGUCUCCUCCAGCGGGAGCAAAUGGACUUUACCACCAUUACAGCACCGACGGCAAAGCGCCUCAAAGUUGUUGAUUUUUGUAUUGCUUAUCCUACCGAAUCCUUAUCAAUAACCUCCCUCAAGCCAUCGCUGCUGCCUAAAUACCUCGCUCUCAUACGUCCAUUUGAAGGGAAGCUGUGGGUGAUGCUGCUGGUGACGGUGGUGAUAUGGGGCGUGACCCUGUGGCUGCUGCAGAGGGCGUGGCAGUGGGUGACGGGAGGCCGUCCCGUGGCGCUCAACGCCACCAUCCUAUACGCCUGGGGGGCGCUCCUGCAGAACCUGCCCUCACAACCCUCCGCCACCUUCUCUGGCAGGAUGUUGGUGGGUUGGUGGCUUGUGUUCUGUCUGAUAGUCACCACGGGGUUCACCUCGUCUCUGGUGGCGCACCUUACUGUACAAGGCAGGUCCCGGCCCCUGGAGACCUUCCAGGACCUGGUGAACCAGCCUGGCUGGAGGUGGGCAACUCCUCAAUGGAUGUUGUCGGAAGCAGUUGUUGAUUACUUUAUAAAGCAUCCAAAUCCUGCAGUCAAUGAAGUUUAUCAUAAAAUGGAGAUCAUAAAGGAGGCGGACCCACUGAAAAUGGUGCUGGCGGGGGGGUUAUCCUUCAUCUUCCCUAAGAACUUUGCCAUCAUCAACGUGGCCACACGAUACACGGAUGAACGAGGCAACACUCCCUUCUACAUCAGCAGGGGCAUUCCUAUCGUCUUGUCCAUAGGAUGGUGCAUCAGAAAAGGUGCACCUUUCCGCCAACGAUUCAAUCAACUGUUGACUCGUCUGGAUGCUGCCGGAGUAAUUACCUCUUGGACUGAAGACGUAAUAGCCAAAAAAGUAAAGGAAAUGAGAAAAGCUAUAAAAUCGGACACUAAUCCUAUUCUCGGAGAUGCAAUUCAGGAUGACGGGCACCAGAUGGUGUUGAGCCUCAACCAUCUGCAGGGAGCCUUCUACAUGUUGCUGGUGGGCUCCUGCGUCGCCUUCCUCACCCUGCUGGUGGAGAACCUCGCCCACUGCUGCUCCUCGCCUCAGUAACACCUUCCUCACCCUGCUGGUGGAGAACCUCACCCACUGC